AUGUCUAUCGAUUUUCCUGCCGAGGAGGAUAUUAUCCUCAAGCGGUGGAGGGAGAUCAAUGCCUUUAGUCGGCAAGUUGAGCUCUCCCGAGGCCGCAAACCUUACACUUUCUACGAUGGCCCGCCUUUUGCAACCGGUCUCCCACACUAUGGUCACCUGCUGGCCUCCACGAUCAAAGACAUCAUCCCCAGAUACUGGGCGAUGAAGGGGCAUUAUGUUGAGCGGCGAUUUGGCUGGGAUACUCACGGCGUCCCUAUCGAGUAUGAGAUCGAUAAGAAGCUCGGCAUGUCCGGUCUGGAGGCGGUCGAGAAGAUUGGAAUUGAGAAGUACAACGAGGAGUGCAAGGCUAUUGUCAUGAGAUUCGCCUCGGAAUGGCGUCAGACUAUUGAGAGGCUCGGACGUUGGAUUGAUUUCGACAAUGACUACAAGACCAUGAACCCUUCCUUUAUGGAGUCUGUGUGGUGGGUGUUCAAGCAGCUAUUUGACAAGGGUCUGGUCUACCGGGGCUACCGUGUCAUGCCUUACUCGACCGCGCUCAACACUCCUCUGAGCAACUUCGAAGCCCAGCAAAACUACAAGGACGUACAGGACCCUGCCAUUGUUGUCACAUUCCCCCUGCUAGACGACCCCGGGACUUGCCUGCUGGCCUGGACGACCACCCCGUGGACCCUCCCCUCCCACACCGGUCUGUGCGCCAACCCCGACUUCGAGUACGUGAAGAUCUACGACGAGGCUACCAAGAAGCACUAUAUCCUUCUUGAGUCUUUGCUUCGAACCAUCUACAAGGACCCGAAGAAGGCUAAAUUUAAGAUCGUUGACCGCAUCAAGGGAUCGGCCAUGCUGGGAUGGAGGUAUCAACCUCUUUUCGACUACUUUUAUGAGCAGUUUAAAGACAGUGGUUUCCGGGUGCUGAACGACGGCUACGUCACGGCUGAGGAUGGUGUCGGUAUCGUUCACCAAUCUCCUGCGUUUGGUGAGGAUGAUUACCAGGUCGCCGUGAACCACGGUGUCGUCAAUGAAAACCGUCUGCCUCCUAACCCUGUUGACGAAAAGGGUUGCUUUACGGCCGAAGUUCGCGACUUUGCCGGGCAGCAUGUCAAGGCCGCCGACAAGGGCAUUAUCAAACACCUGAAGGGUAACGGUCGUGUUCUCGUCGACAGCCAGAUUACUCACAGCUAUCCAUUCUGCUGGCGAUCUGAUACGCCUCUGAUUUAUCGGGCUGUGCCUUCGUGGUUUGUCAAGAUUGGCCCCAUCAUUCCUGCAAUGCUGGAGGGCAUUGAGGCGUCGCACUGGGUUCCUUCUUUCGUCAAAGAUCGGCGAUUUGCCAGCUGGAUUCGCAAUGCUCGUGACUGGAACAUAUCUCGGAAUCGUUUCUGGGGUACGCCGCUACCGCUGUGGGUCAGUGAUGACUUCGAGGAAGUUGUGGCUAUCGGCAGCGCUGCCGAGCUCAAGGAAUUGAGUGGCUACACGGGCGAGCUCAACGAUAUUCACCGUGACAAAGUGGACCACAUCACCAUCCCCAGUAAGCAGGGCAAGGGCGUCCUUCGCCGUGUCAGCGAAGUGUUCGACUGCUGGUUCGAGUCUGGAAGCAUGCCCUAUGCCUCCCAACAUUAUCCUUUUGAGAACAAAGAGCAGUUUGAAAAGGGCUUCCCUGGUGACUUUAUUGCAGAGGGUUUGGACCAGACUCGUGGAUGGUUCUAUACGAUGACCGUUCUGGGCACCCAUCUGUUCGGCAAAUCGCCCUUCAAGAAUUGCGUGGUGAACGGCAUUGUCCUCGCGGAGGACGGCAAGAAGAUGUCGAAGCGACUAAAGAACUACCCGGACCCUUCUCUGAUCAUGGAGCGUUAUGGUUCGGAUGCUCUGCGUCUCUACCUGAUCAACUCCCCUGUGGUGCGGGCUGAACCCCUUCGAUUCAAAGAAUCGGGUGUCAAGGAGAUUGUUGGCAAGGUCCUGCUCCCGCUGUGGAACAGUUACAAAUUUUUCGAGGGUCAGGUGGCUCUCUUGAAGAAGUCCUCCAACAUCGACUUUGUGUUCGACCCCAAGGCUGAAACCACCAACACCAAUGUCAUGGACCGUUGGAUUCUGGCCAGCUGCCAAAGUCUUCUCAUCUUUGUUAACCAAGAGAUGGCGGGCUACCGUCUUUAUACUGUUGUGCCGCGCUUGUUGGAGCUGAUUGAGAACACCACAAACUGGUACAUCCGAUUCAACCGCAAGCGCUUGAAGGGUGAAAAUGGCGUUGAUGAUACUCUGCACGCCCUAAACACUCUGUUCGAGGUUCUCUUCACUCUCGUCCGCGGUCUUGCUCCGUUCACGCCCUUCCUCACCGACAACAUCUACCAGCGCCUUCUCCCCCAUAUCCGCGAAUCGCUUCGCGGCGAGGACAGCCGAAGUGUUCACUUCCUUUCUUUCCCUGAAGUGCGUGAGGAGCUUUUUGAUGAGGUUGUGGAGCGGAGAGUUGCACGGAUGCAGAAGGUCAUCGAACUGGGACGUAUCUCGCGUGAGCGCCGGUCAAUCGGCCUGAAGACGCCGCUGAAGAGCCUGGUCGUGAUUCACCAAGACCAGCAGUACUUGGACGACGUGAAGUCGCUCGAGGGCUACAUCUUGGAAGAGCUCAACGUUCUUGAUUUGAUCCUGUCUACCGAUGAGGCCAAGUACAAUGUCCAGUACAGCGUCAACGCUGACUGGCCGACCCUGGGCAAGAAGCUGAAGAAGGAUGUGCAGAAGGUUAAGAAGGCUUUGCCUUCGCUGUCUACCGAGGACGUCAAGAAGUACGUCGCCGACAAGAAGAUCCUGGUCGACGGCAUCGAGCUCGUGGAAGGCGAUCUCGUGGUGCGACGAGGAAUCAAGGAGGAUGCCAGCUCCGAGGGCAUGGAGACCAACACUGAUGCCGAUGUGUUGACUAUCCUGGAUGCGAACUUGCAUGCGGAGCUGGCCCACCAGGGCCUGGGUCGCGAGAUCAUCAACCGAGUCCAGCGCCUCCGGAAGAAGGCCGGUCUGGUUCCCACGGAUGACGUGAAGAUGGAAUACACUGUCCUUUCUGACCCGGAAAACAUUGGUUUGGGCGAGGCGUUCAAGUCACAGGCUCAGACUAUCGAGAAGGCCGUGCGUCGGCCACUCGAUGAGCGUGCGUCUGCUCCUAGCGCAGACGAAGAGGGCACUAUCUCGCAGGAGGAACAGGAGGUACAAACCGCGAUUUUCCUGUUGCGACUGGUCAAGCUGUAG